GUUUUGUGUUGGUUUCUCCUAGUGUGACUUGUCCCUGUGAUUACCCAUUGCUCUCACCUGUGUGUGUUUUCCCAGUGUAUCCUGCAAUCUGCAUCCACCUGUGUUACCCAGCUGUUCCUCGUCUCGUUACCCCUUGUCUGCGUAUAUAAUGACCCAGUUUCUUGUCACUCCUUGUUGCGUCAUUGUCUAUGUCAAUGUCCGUGUCUACAUCAACGUUCAAGUCAAGCCCCGUCCAAGUCCUCGUGUACCCGUCCCUUCGCUUAAGCAGUAGCUGAGUGAGAUGGGCGUUGGUUUGAGCGCCUCCUCAUGGUGGCUGCUGCUGCUGCUACUCUACAGCGCCGCCUCCGGCUGCUCGGCCCGGCCUUUCGGGAUCCCGGCGCCCGCCGUCAACGUGGCGGUGGUCUUCAGCGGCUCAGCCUACCAAGCCGAAAUCAAGGGGAGGUUGAGUCGUGAGAACUUCAUGGACCUGCCUCUAGAAGUCAACCCCAUCACUGUGCUGGUGAACAACACCAACCCUAGAGCGCUGCUCACUCGCAUCUGCGACACACUCUCCACCAACCGCGUCCACGGCGUGGUGUUCGAGGACAACGUGGGUUCCGAGGCCGUGGCACAGAUCUUGGAUUUCAUUUCCACUCAGACCGGCGUGCCCAUCGUGGGGAUCAGUGGAGGAUCAGCCGUUGUUUUGCCGUACAAGGGCGAGGGCUCCAACUUCCUGCAGCUGGGCUCGUCCAUCGAGCAGCAAAUCAAUGGCAUGUUCAAGGUGAUGGAAGAGUACAACUGGGACAAUUUCGUGGUCAUCACCAGCCUCUACCCGGGCUACGAGGCCUACGUGGAUUACGUCAAGGCCUACAUCGAUACCAGCUAUUUCAUGUGGGAGCUCCAGGACGUGCUGACGUUUGACAUGUCCGCGGACAGCACCAAUGACCUCCGGGCGCGACGGCUCCUACAGCAGAUCGACGCCCAGGUGCUCCUGAUUUAUUGCUCCCACGAGGAGGCCCAGUAUCUCUUCACCAUGGCCGCCGAGGCCGGAUUGGUGGGGCCCGGCUACAUCUGGAUUAUCCCCAGCCUGGCGGUGGGUAACCCGGACAUGCCGCCGCCCGACAGCUUCCCCGUAGGGCUCAUCAGCAUCAUCACCGACCGCUGGAGGAUGAGCUUGAGAAAGAGGGUGCGAGAUGGUGUGGCCAUUGUGGUGAAGGGUGUGCAGAGCUACCGCAAGCAGAGGGGCUUCUUGCCGGAGGGUCACAAUGACUGCCACAACCCCGUCAAGACCGUGGCUACCAACGACACGCUGUUCAGGCACAUGCUGAAUGUAACCUGGGAGCACAACGACUUUUCCUUCAACGCUAACGGCUAUCUGGUGAAGCCGGCGAUGAACAUCAUCACUUUGGAUCGAGAGAGGCAGUGGGACAAGGUGGGGACGUACGAGAUGAGCAUCCUGCAGAUGAGGUACCCGGUGUGGCCUCGCUACGGCUCUUACCUGGAGCCCGUGUCCGACUAUCGGCACCUGACGGUGGCCACGCUGGAGGAGCGUCCUUUUGUUAUCGUGGAGGCCGUGGACCCUGAAACUGGAACCUGCGUCAGCAACACUGUGCCGUGCCGACGACAGUCCAACAAGACUGAGGCCAUUGUGGGCCACACGGAGCCGUACACCAAACUGUGCUGCAAGGGCUUCUGCAUUGACAUCCUCAAGAAGCUGUCACGCAACAUCAAGUUCUCCUACGACCUCUACCUCGUCACCAACGGCAAGCAUGGCAAGCUGGUACGCGGCAUCUGGAACGGCAUGAUCGGCGAGGUGUUCUACAAGCGUGCAGACAUGGCCAUCGGCUCACUGACCAUAAACGAAGAACGUUCUGAGAUUAUCGACUUCUCGGUGCCAUUUGUGGAGACGGGCAUCAGCGUCAUGGUGGCCAGGAGUAACGGCACAGUCUCACCGUCUGCCUUCUUAGAGCCGUACAGUCCCGCUGUGUGGGUGAUGAUGUUCGUCAUGUGUCUGACCGUGGUCGCCAUUACCGUGUUUGUCUUCGAAUACUGCAGUCCGGUGGGCUACAACCGCAGCCUGGUGACGGCGAAAGACCCCGGGGGUCCAACAUUCACCAUCGGCAAGUCGGUGUGGCUCCUAUGGGGAAUCGUGUUCAACAACUCGGUGCCCAUCGAGAACCCCAAAGGAACCACCAGUAAGAUCAUGGUGCUGGUGUGGGCUUUCUUCGCCGUCAUCUUUCUGGCAUCCUACACGGCCAACUUGGCCGCUUUCAUGAUCCAGGAGCAGUACAUCGACACCGUUUCUGGACUGAGCGACAAGAAGUUCCAGAAGCCUCAGGAGCAGUACCCGCCAUUCCGCUUCGGUACAGUGCCCAACGGCAGCACGGAACGAAACAUCCGCAGCAACUACCCGGAGAUGCACUCGCAUAUGGUCAAGUACAACCAAAAAGGGGUCGAGGACGCCCUCAACAGCCUCAAGACCGGAAAGCUGGACGCCUUCAUCUAUGAUGCUGCCGUGCUCAACUAUAUGGCGGGAAAGGACGAGGGCUGUAAACUGGUGACCAUUGGCAGCGGCAAAGUCUUCGCAACUACCGGAUACGGCAUCGCACUGCAGAAGGACUCCCGAUGGAAAAGACCCAUUGACCUCGCCCUGCUUCAGUUCCUGGCUGAUGGCGACACUCAGAAGCUGCAGACGGUGUGGCUAACGGGCAUCUGCCGAAACGAAAAGAAGGAGGUGAUGAGCAGUAAGCUGGACAUCGACAACAUGGCAGGUGUCUUCUACAUGCUGUUGGUGGCCAUGGGCCUCAGUCUGCUGGUGUUUGCCUGGGAGCAUCUGCUCUACUGGAAGCUGCGACAUUCAGUGCGAAAGUCGGACCGCCUCGACUUCCUCCUGGCCAUCAGCAGGGGUAUAUACAGCUGCUUCAACGGGGUGGAGCAGACAGAUCGUAAUGGCAGCAUCCAGAGUCCCGACGUCACCACCAACUACUCGCAGGCUAACAUGCUAAAGAUGCUUAAAACCGCCAAGGACAUGGUGUCCUCCGCCCGGGUGGAGAACUCCUUGGACAGCGCCACCAAGACCCUGGAGAGCUGGAGCCGGCGAGGGGCAGCCGACAACGCCCGCGCCGGCCUUCCGGCACGUGUGUCCACUGGUGCAGAUGUGGCACACUGCCGCCUCCCUUACAUCGCCAGCAUCACUGACAACCACUCGCCGUACCCGGUUAGGAGCCGAACACCUACUUUUCCCAUCCACUACGGGGACGGUGCCGCUCAACCGCUCCUAGACAAACCGCGAGUGGUCACCCGGCCCACACCCAUGCGUUACACACUGCCGGCCCGCAACAACCUCUUGGAGAGGACGCUACCCAUUUCCAGCCUUAGCAGCCCCCACCUCGCCAUGCCAGAUGUGUCGCCCACCGCCACCACCCAGCCUCACCAUUCUGGCCGGCUCUAUGUGGAGAACCCAGUGCGGCAUCCGGCAUCCCCGUUCAUCACCUACCGGGAAAUCCACGUGCCCAAUGUCUACGUGGAGCAUAAAGCCCCCCUGAGAAGGAAGCUGAGCUACCCCCCUGACUGUGGGGGGCGCAGGAGGCGCAGCUAUGUGUUUGACGUCCCCGACCCAAGAUCAAGAGCUGACUAUGAUGAGCCGCGAUCCUGCCUGGCUGAACUCAGGGCCAACCAGCUAAUGAAAAACCACUCCCCGGACACUGUCCCAGGACACUACCCUUGCACCACACCGGGACACUACCCGAGUGCUGCAGCCAGCUGCAACUCUUGCAUGAAGUCUUACCUUGAACCCGAGAUGGACGACGUACCCCUACUGGGAAAGGAUAAACUCAACCGCAGAGCCUCUUUCCUCAAAGCUACUUGGGGCAACGAGCGCAUCCGGCAGGUAGACGAGACCAAACCGUCCACCUCCACCUCGCCCCGGGCCGAUAUGCCUGACCUGUUCCCGCGAGUAGUGGUGCCGGCUAACGCCAAGUCUCACAAGCUUUAUGGCAGCCUGGGCCACAAUCUUACCUGCCACUCUCUGGCUGCUGAGCCUGCCUACUUGGACCCGGCCCACAUGGGUUCGUACCCUUACAAGCAGAAACUCAAGUAUACCGACCCCACCCGGCUACCGUCGUACCGGGAGGCCAUCCUGCAGAACCCCGCCGCCCUACGCCGGUCUUCGUCCACGUUGGUGCACAGACACUACUCCACCUACCUGAACUCCUACUCGGACAUGCCGGUCUACGUGGCACCGCCCCCAUCCCAGUUCUACGACAGUCCCAAAAACAUGUGCCACCUGUUCCCGUGCGCCACCCACUGCCCAGACCAUCCUGCUGCCAGGCCCGUGGCCUACCAGAACAGCAUGUUUGGGGCCGAGCGUGAUGAGCCCAUUUCGGGGGGCAGGGAACGCCGGCAGGUGUUGGUGGCGCGCCGGGUGAACAGUCCGUUUGUGCCAAAACCUUGGGGAAGGGUCUCCAGCCUGGAGUCGGAGGUGUGAAGAAGCAAAAAAAAAAGUGACCACCGACAGUGUAUUUUGAGAGGUCGCCUCUCAGUUCUCAGUGCAAUAAAAACACAAGACACUGACUAACUACUGGGACAAACCAGGAAGAAACUCUUAUAAAGCAUUUAACAAGUUAACCUCUCUGUCUUUUUUAAAUGCUAUUGCAGUUGUACCUUGACUUACGAGGUUAUGAGCCAUCACUUGUUUUUUUUUUUUUUUUGUGAAGACCUGCUGCAAACCACAACUGUUUUUUUAAAAACAAAAUUGUCGGUGGGGUCUAAAACAGAUUCUUUUAAUCAGUGGGGAAAAGUUAUUUAAUGUAUGGGUAAAUUAUGUAAUGACUUCAGUUAGACUCAUAAGUCAGGGUACCUCUGUAUAUACAGUACAUAUAUUGGUAUAUAGAUAUAAAUAUAUAACUUAACAUUUGUUUAUCUUUUACUUUUCUAAAAUGAUUUGACGUUUCUUUUUUUUUUUUUGCCAUCACUAUUAUAGCGAUCAGUCUUCCGCUCACAUGGCGAACGUAUAUCAAAAUGUGUAAUGUGUAUUUCCAAUGUUACACUACCCUUUAAUAAACAACAAGGUCAUGGCUCUGCCUCAGUGUCCAAAUGAUGACUUUACAUCAUGUAAGCUUUUUUCUUCUUUUGUUUAAAUUUAGCUGAGUGUUUUCUGUCAUAUUACAGCCUAAAAAUUUAAUUUUUGCCAAUGAUUUUCUGGAUUAUUUCAAAAAAGUGUCCCUCCAUCAGGGGAGAGAGAUCCCCUGCUGCUAGAGCUGAGCCAUAUAACCUUUGGGACCCACCAUCCACCGUAUUAUUA